AUGUGGAUUAUAAUCAUCGCUAGCCUGGCGCUCCUCGCCCCUUAUGCCUUAGGUGCGGGUAUCUUGCGUUUCGGAUGCAGCCAAAUCACGAUUGAACGACUUGACCCACUUGUAGAGCCAGGAGCGAAUCCAAGUGCGCACCUCCAUCAAGAUGCGUUCAAAGCUACCAUAGAGAGCACCGAUGUUUCCAAACUUGCUGGCUGUACCACCUGUAGCUUUAGCGAGGACCUAUCGAACUACUGGACAGCGAACUUGUUUUUUCGCGCUCGAAAUGGAACAUACAAGCGUGUACCUCAAAUGCCUAACAGAUUUCUAGAUGGGUCGGUUGGUGGUGUGACUGUCUACUACUUUCCACAGGAUCUUCGAAGCAAAGUAACCGCGUUCAAGCCUGGCUUUCGUAUGCUGGUUGGAGACGCCACAUUGCGAAGCGGGGAGGGACAGUCACCGAGGAACUGUUAUCGUUGCUUCACGGGCGCAAACUUCGAAGGUGACAAUGCCGCGCCAUGUGCAGACCCGGUUCUCGACACCCCUGGAUUUCCCUCGACGCCUUGCCCUGGAGGUAUUCGGUCCAAUAUUCAUUUUCCAACUUGUUGGGACGGAGAAAAUCUAGAUACACCCAACCAUAAGGAUCACGUCACCUUUCCAACAGGUAGCGCGUACACGUGUCCGUCUACGCAUCCGGUCAAGAUCCCUCAGGUCAUGCUGGAAGUUGUUUGGGAUACGCGCGAGUUCAAUAAUAAAGACGACUGGCCUGAGGACGGCUCUCAACCUUUCUUCUUGAGCACUGGAGACCCGACUGGGCAUAGUCAGCACGGUGACUACGUGUUUGGCUGGAAGGACGACGCAUUGCAGAGAGCCAUGGACUCAAAUGACUGUUUCGCUGCCAACUGUACCACAUUGGCGACUCAAUCAUUCGAUGUUGCUAAUAAAUGUGCUAUUCAACGGACGGUUGAUGAACCGGUUGACGGAUGGUUAGAUGUUAUACCUGGGUUAGGUUAG